AUGGCCGUCCUGGACAUUGUGCUGCAGUGGCUGAGCUCCGGCUCGCUGCUCUGCCUGGCAGGGGGGCUGGCGGCUUUCCUCUAUUUUUUGACCAGCGCCAAGAGGUCAAUUUGCAGGUUGCCCCCUGGGCCGCCCCCACUUCCUCUCAUCGGGAACUUGAACGUGGUGGAUCUGAGGAAGCCCUUUCAGUCGCUGAUGGAGCUCUCUGAGAAAUACGGCAAUAUCUUCACUGUGCAUUUUGGACCCAGGAAGGCAGUGGUGCUGGCUGGAUAUGAAACCAUCAAGGAAGCCCUUUUAACCCAUGCUGAAGAGUUUGGAGGGAGAGCAGAAAUCCCCAUUUUUCAGAAAAUAACCAAAGGAAAUGGCAUAGGCUUCAGUCAUGGAGAGUCAUGGAAAACCAUGAGAAAAUUCACCUUAUUUACUCUGCGAAAUUUUGGGGUUGGAAAGAAAACCAUUGAGCUCCGUAUUCUCGAAGAGCUGAACUGCCUCAUUAAAUAUUUUGAGUCUCGCCGGGGGAUGCCCUCUGACACCAAGGUAAUACUGAACAGCGCCGUAUCCAAUGUCAUCUGCUCUAUAUUGUUUGGAGAGAGGUUUGAAUACAACGAUCCCGUGUUUCUAACUUUGCUGAAGUUGAUAAAUGAAAACACCAAACUGUUGGGCUCCCCUAUGGUGCUGUUAUAUAAUUUCUACCCCUCCAUUGGCUUUCUGUUCGGCGCCCCGAGGACUGUGCAGCGGAACGUGGAUGAGCUGAACACCUUUUUGCAGAAGUUGUUUCAGGAACACAAGCAGGAAUUCAAUGAAAAUAACUUAACAGGCUUUGUAGAUGCAUUUCUGAUGAAACAACAGCAGGAGUCAAGAAACCCUCGCACCUACUUUCACAAUGAGAACCUGCUGUUCUCAACCCUGGACCUCUUCGCUGCUGGCACUGAGACGACUUCUACCACUGUGCGGUGGGGUCUUCUUCUGAUGAUGAAAUACCCAGAAAUCCAGAGGCGGAUUCAGGAAGAAAUUAAUAAGGUCAUUGAACCAGGACAGCUUCCCACCCUAGAAGAUCGGAAAAAAAUGCCUUACACAGAUGCUGUGAUCCAUGAAAUACAAAGAUUUGCCAAUAUUGUCCCAAUGAGCGUAUCACGUUCCACCUCCAGGAAUGUUAACUUUAGGGGCUACGUGAUACCUAAAGGAAUAGAGGUGAUUCCCCUGUUGACUUCUGUUCUGAACGACAAGUUGCACUGGGAGACACCAGAUCAGUUCAACCCUUCCCACUUCCUGGACAGUGAUGGCAACUUUAUCCGGAAGGAGGCGUUUAUACCAUUCUCCAUAGGGCGAAGGGCUUGCGUUGGAGAAGGACUGGCCAAAAUGGAGCUUUUCCUCUUCUUCGCAGGUUUGCUCCGGAAAUUUACUUUCCAACCCCCUCCUGGCAUGUCUAAGUCAGACCUAGAUCUCACGGCGGAUGUUGGCUUCACCUUAACCCCAAUGCCUCACCUGGUUUGUGCCAUACCCAAUGAAUCGUCAAAGCACGUGCAAUAAAUAUAUUGAAU